AUUUUACCUACUUUAAAGAUAUCGCUAGUCAAUGGUUAACUAUUAAACUUAGCGAUAGAAGUGUCAGAACAAAGGCAAAAUCAAUUAAAGAAAAUAUAGACUCAACAGAUAUCACGUAUAUCAUCGAAGAUUCCGAAUUAGUCAGC